AUGGCAUUUUUUCAAGAAUUUUUGUCUGAGUUACUUCCCUUGAUUAUCGUUUCUUUUCACUGUUUUCUUUCUUUUGCUGUUUACCUUCUUGUAAUUUUAUCUCCUCCUACGUUUCCUAUCUUCCUAUUUUCUUCCUCUUUUAUUCUUUUUCUUGUUUCCAACAUGAUUCUCUACUCUUAUCCUCUCUUUCUCUUUCUCUCUCUCUCUCUCUCUCACUUUCUUUCUUUCUUUCUCUCUCUCUCUCUCUCUCUUUCUGUUUUUCCGCUUUUAUAUCUAUCUAUCUAUCUAUCUAUCUAUCUAUCUAUCUAUCUAUCUAUCUAUCUAUCUAUCACUCUCUAUGCCUUUAACAACCGACUGAAGAAACUGAGCCAUGAUGUGGGCAACCUUCAUAAACUAGAGAACCUUGAUAUCAAGAACAACAUCCUUGGGAGUUUGCCGUCUUCCGUCAGCAGGCUGGUAAAUCUGCAGAUUCUUGACGUCGGCAAUAAUCUGCUGAAAUCUUUGCCGGCCGCUCUGCAUAAAUGCAUCCUUCUUCGGAAGAUGUUCGUCUCCCGGAACCGCAUCAAGAAACUGCCGCCUAGCCUGCAAAAGAUACAAACUUUGGAGACUGUCGAGGCCUCGAACAAUCUGAUUCGAUCGUUAAAGAAAACCAUUUACAUGAGUCCGGCCGAGUUUAAUCUCAGCCACAAUCGCUUACAACAGCUGCCCGACGUGGCCGCCAAGAAAAAGAAGACGUCGAUGGCUUUUCUGAACUCGGCCGGGAGCAGCCUGUGUGCGAGCGGUGCUUGCUCGUACGACGGGCGGUUGUGCGUAGCGAUCUGGCGAUUUGAUCGGCACCAGGUUCCGAGCAUGCCGCGGACGGGAAUAGAUGGCGACACACGACAGUACAUUAGCCGUCGCGCGCGCAUCACCACAACAGCGACAGCAGGCCUUUAG